AUGGUUGGAAAACGAAAGAGGGACGCGGCCGUUGUGUCGAGAUCCACCACUGCCGAAGACGAAGAAACGAACUCUACGACUCCUAUCGAUACCAAUUCCCAUGACGUUUUCCGCAAGUUUUUCGAAGCACAAUUCCAGCCUUUAGAUCUGCCCGGGGAUCAGACCAAGCAUGACCGGGAAGAAAGUGAAGAGGAGGCCGAUGGAACCGACGAGGAAGACUCUGAGGGGUCUGAAAAUGGAUCGGAAUGGGGUGGUCUCUCUGGAGAGGAUGACGGAAACAAUGAAGUCGAGGUAGUUGAGCAUCAAGGACCGUCCAGGGAAAAGAGGGACCUGCUCGACAAGAAAGCUCGCAAGGCUUUUAUGACCGCGAAACCUCCAUCUCUUGCUUCAAAUGCGACGACGGAAAAACCCACCCCGAAAAAGGUCGAGAAAAGCGAUGAAGACAAGGCAAACGAUGCUGAUGACCUGAAGAAUGACCUUGCGCUGCAACGUCUUCUUAAGGAAUCCCACCUUCUGGAGUCCGCAUCGGAGCUCGCGCCCACGGGCAAAAAUCGACUCAAGGCUCUUGACUUGAGAAUGCAAACCUUGGGGGCCAAGGAGUCGCUUUAUAAGCAGAAUAUGCCUUCAUCCCACCGAAGAGGUAUCAAAGCCAAAGCUGAACACAGAGAAGAAAAGCGACGGAAAGAAGCAAAGGAGAAUGGAAUCAUUCUAGAAAAACCCGCACCAAAGAAAGCGGGCGGCGCCGGGCACCGGGAACGUGGAGUUGGAGGACCUUCCGUUGGAAAAUUUGCAGGCGGCACUCUGAACUUGAGCAAGCAGGACAUAUCGGCCAUCCAAGCGUCCGGCCAGUCGUCGUCCAGAGGGAGAGGAAGGGGGAGGGGGAGGGGGAGGGGCAGAGGAGGUCGUCGUUGA